CUCCUCCUCCUCCUCCUCCUCCUUACUCUUCUACACUCCUGUACAAAAUGAUUCUAUCUCAACAAUUCACCGCCAUUCUUAGACGAGCACUAUCAACAGUUCUGGUUGCCAUGCUUCUCUUGGCUCAUGGAGGAGAAGCGCGCCCCUCGAAACUGUCAAGAAUGACGAUCGACGUUUGCCCUUACCCAGCCAUGUAUGCAGAGGUCCAGCAGUCUAUCCUCAGGCUGGAGAUGGAGAACAGGAUGCUCUCUCGCCAGCUGGCCGAGCACCACGAGGCUAAUGGCGAGCUCACCAAGGCGCUCAAAGUCAUGGCUUCCUCGGUCUCAGAUAGUUCGGAAAUGAGCCUCGAAUGUGCAGAGACAACUAAGCUUCCUCUACGGCUGCGAGGUGGGGAUGAAGGCGCGUCAAGACAUGUUAGUCGAUGCAGAUGAUGGGGUGGCUGGAAGGUACCCGGACUCUUCCCUCAAUUCAUACUACACUCUUAUUCUUUCGCUAAUAAACUGAUUGUAAAAGUCCA